AGCCAGGUUUUACUGGAAGUUUCUUUCAGUUUACACGUCCAAACUUGCCUACCAACCUCCAAUGGCUCAGGCCAAUCUGAGAUCAACUGGAAAAGCCUUUCGUGUCCUAGGCCUCUUUAGCCUUUUGCUGCUUGUUGAGAAAGGCAUUGCGUUUGAGUUCAAGGUCGGAGGUCCCAACGGUUGGGCAGUUCCUGCUGAUCCUAACUCAAACAGCCACAAUCAAUGGGCGGAGAAAAACCGGUUUCAAACUGGGGACUCCCUGUCGUUCGUCUACCCGGGAGACAAAGACUCUGUGCUUUACGUGACUAAGGAGGACUAUAACAAUUGCAGUACGGACAGACCUCUUCAAAAGUUUACAGAUGGCCACACCGUGUUCAAUUUGAACCAUUCUGGACCAUACUAUUUCAUAAGUGGAGUCAAGGACAACUGCCUUAAGAACGAAAAGAUCAUUGUGGUUGUGAUGGCAGACAGAAGCAAGGUCGUUCCAGCUCCUUCUAAUGAAACAGUGGCAGCUUCUCCUCCUUCAAAUGAAACGACGACAUCUCCUCCUCCUUCACCAUCAGCAGAGGUAUCCCCAUCCCCAGCACCAGCAACUGGAGAAUCAUCUCCUCCACCCUCUGGACCAGAGGAGACAAAUCCAACUCCAGCCCCUUCAGAGCAAUCAUCUCCUCCUAAAAGUGGUGCAUCUUCAAUUCUUUUCGGACUCAUUGGCUCCUUGGGAGCUCUUUCUGGAUCAUCACUCCUGCUGUUUUUCUGAAUUCAAGAUUUGUGUUGUAAGAGUUUGGGAUUUUUUUUUUUUAUUUUUAAAUUUCAUUCUGAGGGUUGUCUUGUUUCUUUCUUUCUUUCUUUUUGUAUUUCUUCUACAUGAUUUUCCGUGCCUUGACCUCAGUAGCUUCAACUUUCAGCUGGGCUCUCAAGGGUAAAUUAUUUGUUACACUAUUAUUAUACUGGUGAGAAAUAAGCUGAUGUUUGAGUAAAGUUUGUAUUGGCCACUGCUACAAUGUAUGAAGAGUGUACAAAACAAAUAAAGUUGUUGAUAUGAGAGCUUGAAGGCC